AUGACGCCAUUGAAGCACCUCAACAACCUGGACUUAGAUGAUAUGCUCCCCGAGCUGCCCUUCUCAAAUGUAGAGGGCGGCAGCCAGAAGGACUACUUACGUCCGCCCCGCCCAACGAUGGAGUCUUUGGAUAACCAGCAGUCGUGCAUGGAACCAUCGCAGCGAUCUCACUCGGCUCCCAGGGCAACGAGGGUCUUCACUGAAAACCCAACGACUGAAUCGCAACUAGCGGCCGCUGGAGGUAACUCGACUCGACUGUCAUCAACCUCCGGAUCAACCAUCGCCAACAACGGGAAUAUCCGACCGAUUGCAAUUGAUUAUGUCCUUUUCAACCGGACUACUACGAAGCAAAUUGCCGAGGUCGUACCAUCUCGAUCCAAGGGCGCUGCAUUGACCCCAAACAAGGAGUGGGAGCGGAUCGUCCCGCACUUUGAUACCGUCUGGAAGGCUGCGCUUGAGGUCUGGUCGUGGCCGCAGGCUCAACAGUGUAUCAUCACCCUACUCGGCGAGGGCCGUGAGAACAUUGACAAACACAUUAGGGCACUUGAGGAGGCCGGCCUCCUCAAGUGGCAGUGCAUCUUGGCUAACCACGGGACGUAUGGGAGCGGGAAGCUCUACUACGUCUAUUCAGACGAGGAUUUUGCUCCGUUUGUUGCGGCAAUGGUCCUCAAGCCCAAGUCCAAGGUCACCAUCAAGAUCUUAAUGACCGACCCCCGCAGGAGUGCCAAGGAUAAGGAAUCCGAAAAAUCGGAAAACGACAGCCUGGCCAUGAGCUAUGCUCCCGAUGACGAGCGUCUGGCUUUGCAAAAGGUCCAAACUCGGUUGGCCCUCAACCCAAAAUGCGAUAUGGAGUCAGCGGCCCGCACCAGGUACAUCGUCUCGAUCACCGAGAAGAUCCUCGCAACUUACGGAGGCAACGCGGAGUCAUUGAGGAUCAAAGACCCAGAUGAUCCCAUGCGAUCCAUCCGCGUCACCCGGAACGCCCUGUUCGAUUGGAGUCGAGCGCUCGUCCAUGACGCCAAGGGGGUGACCGAGGAGAUUCCACCUGAUACUGCGGCUUUUGUCUCUGAGCCCAUGCGGAUUUACACACUGGCGGAACAGGAGGCAAACAAUCACAAUCAAGUCCGCCCCAGCAGCCGCCGAUCGUUGGGAAAGGGGACACCCGGGCAACCGAAAUUCACCCCCGCCCAAGUUACUUCGACCGGCCGUGUGAGACCUCCUCGCAUUGCGUCUUUUGGGGAUCUAGCUGAUGUGUCCCCAUCGGUCCCGGUGACCCCGCUGGCGGGCGAUAGACAACCCAACGCGGGAGACGAUCUGGGGUCAUGUACCGACGACAUGAACACACCGGCGUCGUCGUGGGGGGGGAAUGCGUUCAUGGACCUCGAUAACAUGGACCUACCUGAUGGGACCGAAACCGGUUUGCCUAUCAGGAGUUCCAGCACGGACCUCGAGGUUCUCCCUGGCGAUGGGUUACAUGGCGUCGACCGGUCCCCAGCGCGGAAGAUUCCUCGAAGCCCUGCGGGGCCCGGGCCGGCAUACGCAAUCAGCAGGCUCAAUUUUAAUAUGCGCGCCAACCCAAGGGUCAUAUCUUCGACCUCGCCAACGCGGAAGAUCGCCGGGUCUAACGGGUCCUCGAGUGUCACAUCCGGACCUCCUGACCUCUCAUCUGGAAGUGUCCAUUCGUCGGCGCCGGCCCUCUCGCGCGGUUUGGACGGGGAGCCUUUGAUCCCAUGCCACCGGGAUCUUCCCCCAUUGAACGACGCCGGCCGGUCCCUUGGGAUGGAAGAAUUCCUGACCCUAUGUAACUUUACGGCCAACGAUAUGGUUCCCCGCGGCUUGAUAGGGUUAAAUCACAUCCGCCACUGGGAUUUUUUCUACCGGGACACUGAUGUGGUCCAACUCCAGCGCAUGGGAUUCCCAUAUCCGAUCGCCGCUCAAAUAAUGAAUGGUGCCGAAGCGUUAGGCAUCACUCAUACUAUGGCCGACGACCACUCGACCCCGACCCCGGCUGAUAGCAUGCCUCAUGACUCGGUGACCCCAGAUGCCGACACUCAGAGUUCGGAUGCACCAGCGGCCGACGCCUCAGGAAUCCAAGCGUCCCCCGAGUACUAG